CCUAGUGUACUAUAAAGAACUCCAGUGGUUCUCAAAGUUGUAUGACGACAACUACUUAUUCAAGAGGGAUACAUUCCGGAAGCAGGCCAGUGCUAAACUCUUGCAUGAGCAUCCAAAGCUAUCCUCAGUUGCUUGUCACAGCUCACUUUGCACAGCUAUGGGGCUGCUUCUGACAUUUGAGACACCGGACCCUGGGCCGCGCACCUCCGAUCCACGCUUAGUCCUGUCGUGGAUGGGAAUCAGCGCCGGGACUCUUCUGUGCAUACAAUCUAGCGUCGGACAGCAUGCUCAUGUGCAGACAAUCGCAGCCAUCACAUUGCUGAUUGUGGGCUUUACCGGACUUGGACUUUUCGGCGCCGGUAGCGCAAGACGGCGCAUCCGUGUAUUGGCAGUGGCUGUGUUCUCAUUAGGUCUCUUUGUAUGCCAAGCAGCAGGAUUGUUUGUCAAGUUAAAGCCUGAGGUCCGUGUCGGUGGCGUCUUGCUGUUUAUGGCGGUAACGUGGCGGUUGGCUGGCCCUGAUGAUGGUCGCUCUCCCCAGGGGCAUGAGGCGCCGGCCGAUUUGUCGCAACUGGAUCACCGGGAGCCUCCAUCGGGCAAUAAGAAAUCAGACUAGGUUGAGACUUUGCAGUCUGCAAAAUCAACUGAGAGAAGCUGCCUCAACUUCCUAUCCCUAGUAGGAAUCCUCUGUUGUAAAGUAUUGCGAAGAGGACACGGCGUAGGGCUGCGUCUACCCCGGAAGGAUCCUGACUCUAGGCGUAUGCAUCAUGCCUAGAAACAACAUUGCCAGGAGUAAAGCUUUGCGUUCACUCCGUUGUAGACGCGGCAGUUGAACCAACUGUUGGUGAAGCGCACUCGUCAGCAGACUCUAGACCCUAUACACUUCUAAUCCACAAGGCACCUUGGCCAUUCCGACAGGAUUCAGCCGCACAGGCCGCACGACAAUCUUUCCUCACGCCUCACGGCUCUUGGCAGCUGAGAAGCCGGCAGCCGGGCGGCCCUGGUCCGCAUCACCUCCUAUGCAAUAAGGCAUGGGAUUCUAAUGGAUAUAUGUAGUUUGGCCACCAUGGGAUUCCAAUAGAUUCCAAUAUGCAAGUUGCUUCACUUGCACGCUUGGUCUUGCCUCUUAACAUCGAAAUUCCAAGCACGACAAGGGUAUGCCGCAUUCCAGAAGGAGAAUGUACAACAGUACAGUGCUUCUGCUAUCAGCACGCUCACGGCGACAAACCUUUAAAGGUGUACGCCAGCAACAAAAGCGUCGCAGCAGCGCUACGGCCGCACACCGACGUGGGCAGCUG